AUGGCCAGUGACUCAGAUCAAACCAUGACUAUCAUCCUGAAUGAUUUAUAUAAUGACACUGAUCCGUGGCAGUUGUUUAAGGAUGAAUUUGCAAAUUUCACUGGCACGCCACCCACAGAAGAACAUCAUUAUGGUCCCUGUAAGAUGGACACUGAGACACUCAACAAGUAUGCCGUGGUCAUCAUAUAUGCCCUGGUCUUCCUGCUGAGCCUCCUGGGAAACUCCCUGGUGAUGCUGGUCAUCUUAUACAGCCGGGUGGGCCGCUCUGUCACCGAUGUCUACCUGCUGAACCUGGCCAUGGCUGACCUGCUCUUCGCCCUGACCUUGCCUAUCUGGGCCACCUCCAAGGCAAAGGGCUGGAUCUUUGGCACAUUCCUGUGCAAGGUGGUCUCACUCCUGAAGGAAGUCAACUUCUACAGUGGUAUUCUACUGCUGGCCUGCAUCAGCAUGGACCGCUACCUGGCCAUUGUCCAUGCCACACGCACGCUGACCCAGAAGCGGCACUGGGUCAAGUUCAUAUGUUUAGGCAUCUGGGUCCUGUCCUUGAUCCUGGCCCUGCCCAUCUUCGUCUUCCGAAGGGCCAUCCACCCGCCCUAUUCCAGCCCAGUCUGCUACGAGGACAUGGGUGCCAAUACAACGAAAUGGCGGAUGGUGAUGCGGGUCCUGCCCCAGACCUUUGGCUUCCUCCUGCCCCUGCUGGUCAUGCUGAUCUGCUACGGACUCACCCUGCGCACGCUCUUUGCGGCCCACAUGGGGCAGAAGCACCGGGCCAUGCGGGUCAUCUUUGCUGUCGUGCUCGUCUUCCUGCUCUGCUGGCUGCCCUACAACCUGGUCCUGGUUGCAGACACCCUCAUGAGGGUCCGGGUGAUCGCGGAGACCUGUGAGCGCCGCAAUGACAUUGGCCGGGCCCUGGAUGCCACCGAGAUCCUGGGCUUCCUCCACAGCUGCCUCAAUCCUCUCAUCUGCGUCUUCAUUGGCCAGAAGUUUCGCCACGGACUCCUCAGGAUCAUGGCCACCCAUGGCCUGAUCAGCAAGGAGUUCUUGGUCAAGGACGGCAGGCCUUCCUUUGUUGGCUCUUCUUCAGGGAACACCUCUACUACCCUCUGA